AUGGAGGAGAAGGGCGAACACCUCCCCUACCCUCAGGCACCUGCCUCAGAGGGCCGAGAUGAUACCGAUAGCACGGCCACCGUCCUUGGGGAUGAUCCCUCCCCCACCCCUCCCGUCGCCAAUGUCAGCAAGGCCAACGGAUGGAACCUGAUGCCCCGUGUCAAGGAGCAGCAUGAACGCGAAGUCGAGUCCGGGUUCAAACGCCGCGAACUCGGCGUCACCUGGAAGAACCUCAACGUCGAAGUCGUCAGCGCCGAGGCCGCCGUUAACGAAAACUUCUUCUCCCAAUUCAACGUCCCUCAGCACAUCAAGGAAUCACGCAACAAGCCCCCUCUUCGAAAGAUCCUGGACAACAGUCAUGGCUGCGUCAAGCCGGGCGAGAUGUUGUUGGUCCUCGGCCGACCCGGUUCGGGCUGCACGACCUUGCUGAAGAUGCUUUCCAACCGAACCCUUGGGUAUCGCUCCGUGGAGGGUGAUGUCCGCUAUGGCUCGUUGACCGCCAAGGAGGCCGGCAACUACCGGGGUCAGCUCGUCAUGAACACCGAAGAAGAACUGUUCUUCCCUACCCUGACCGUUGGUCAAACCAUGGACUUCGCUACCCGUCUAAAGAUCCCGUUCAAGCUGCCCGCUGGCGUCGAAUCGCCCGAAGCCUACCGCCAGGAAACAAAGGAUUUCCUGCUCGAAUCGAUGGGAAUCUCCCACACCAACGACACCAAGGUUGGUAACGAAUAUGUCCGGGGUGUGUCCGGUGGUGAGCGGAAGCGUGUGUCGAUUAUUGAGUGUUUGGCCACGCGGGGCUCGGUGUUCUGCUGGGACAACUCCACCCGUGGCUUGGACGCCAGUACCGCCCUUGAGUGGACCAAGGCCAUCCGUGCCAUGACGGACGUCUUGGGCCUGUCUACCAUCGUCACGCUGUACCAGGCCGGUAACGGUAUCUACGACCUCUUCGACAAGGUGUUGGUCUUGGAUGAGGGCAAGGAGGUCUACUACGGCCCCAUGGAACAGGCUCGGCCCUUCAUGGAGGACCUCGGAUUCGUCUGCCGUGAGGGUUCCAACGUCGCCGAUUUCCUCAGUGGUGUGACCGUCCCAACGGAGCGCAAGAUCCGCCCCGGUUUUGAGAACCGCUUUCCCCGGAACGCCGAUGCCUUGAAGGCUGAAUAUGAAAAAUCGCCUAUUCACCAACAGAUGGCGCUCGAAUACGAUUACCCUGACACCGACCUUGCGCGCGAGCGUACCGAGGAUUUCAAAACCUCCGUCUCGGAAGAGAAGUCUAGCCGGCUCCCCAACAGCAGUGUGAUGACGGUCGACUUCCUGUCCCAAGUCAAGGCUUGUAUUGCUCGGCAGUACCAGAUCCUGUGGGGUGACAAGGCUACCUUUAUUAUCAAGCAAGUUUCUACUUUGGCACAGGCUUUGAUUUCCGGUUCCCUUUUUUACAAUGCUCCGAACAACUCCGGAGGUCUGUUCGUCAAGUCCGGUGCCCUCUUCUUUUCGCUUCUCUACAACAGUCUGCUUUCCAUGUCCGAAGUCACCGAAUCGUUCAGUGGUCGCCCGGUCUUGAUCAAACAUAAAAGUUUCGCCUUUUUCCAUCCUGCCGCCUUCUGUAUUGCGCAAAUUACUGCCGAUAUCCCCGUUCUCCUCUUCCAGAUCAGUAUCUUCUCGCUUGUUGUUUACUUCAUGGUUGGAUUGGAGAUGACGGCGGGCGCGUUUUUCACCUACUGGAUUCUCGUGUUCACUACUACUAUGGUCAUGACAGCCUUGUUCCGCGCCGUGGGUGCUCUCUUCAGCACCUUUGACGGUGCCUCUAAGGUUUCCGGUUUCCUCAUCUCUGCCCUGAUCAUGUACACUGGUUAUAUGAUCCAAAAGCCUCAGAUGCACCCCUGGUUUGUCUGGAUCUACUGGAUCAACCCGCUCGCCUACGGUUUCGACGCCCUGCUGUCCAGCGAGUUCCACGGCAAGAUCAUUCCCUGCGUGGGCAACAACCUCAUUCCCUUCGGACCUGGCUACGAGGACGCUGCCGGCCACCAGUCUUGCGCCGGUGUUGGUGGUGCCAUCCAAGGACACACUGAAGUUACCGGUGACCAGUACCUUAGCUCCCUGUCGUACAGUCACACCCACGUGUGGCGCAAUUUCGGAAUUCUCUGGGCCUGGUGGGCCCUGUUCGCGGCGGUGACCAUUGUUGCGACCUCCCGCUGGAAGGCUGCCUCCGAGAGCGGCAGCUCCCUGCUGAUUCCCCGCGAGCGUUUGGACAAGCACCGUCAAGUGGCCCAGGUGGAUGAGGAAUCCCAGGUCAACGAGAAAGCCAAGAAGCCCGUCGACAGCGGCUCUGAAGACAACGACCUUGACCAGCAGCUGGUCCGCAACACCUCUGUAUUCACUUGGAAGGACUUGACCUACACGGUCAAGACGCCCACUGGCGAUCGCGUGCUCUUGGACAAUGUCUAUGGGUGGGUUAAGCCCGGCAUGCUGGGAGCCCUGAUGGGAUCCUCCGGUGCCGGAAAAACCACUCUUUUGGACGUGUUGGCUCAGCGUAAAACGGACGGUACCAUUCGUGGCUCUGUCUUGGUCGAUGGUCGGCCUCUACCCGUCUCGUUCCAGCGUUCUGCCGGUUACUGCGAGCAGCUUGAUGUGCAUGAGCCUUUCGCGACCGUGCGUGAGGCGUUGGAAUUCUCUGCUUUGCUCCGACAGCCUCGCCAUGUGCCCGAACAGGAGAAAUUGAAGUAUGUGGAUACGAUUAUCGAACUUCUUGAACUGCACGACAUCGCCGAUACUCUGAUCGGUCGUGUUGGCGCCGGAUUGAGUGUGGAACAGCGCAAGCGUGUCACUAUCGGUGUGGAAUUGGUCUCUAAGCCUAGCAUUCUCAUCUUCUUGGACGAGCCCACCUCUGGUCUCGACGGUCAGUCUGCCUACAACACGGUCCGAUUCCUGCGCAAACUUGCCGACGUCGGUCAGGCGGUUCUCGUCACUAUUCACCAGCCCUCCGCCCAACUCUUUGCUGAAUUCGAUACCUUGCUUCUGCUCGCCAAGGGUGGUAAAAUGGUGUACUUUGGUGACAUCGGUGACAAUGGUCACACUGUUCGAAACUACUUCGGCCGCUAUGGCGCCCCUUGCCCUGAUAAUGUCAAUCCCGCCGAACAUAUGAUCGACGUCGUCUCUGGUGCUCUCUCGCAGGGUCGUGAUUGGCAUCAGGUCUGGAAGGAAUCUCCGGAACAUGGCGAGGCAGUGCGGCAACUUGACCAGAUUGUUAGCGACGCGGCGGCCAAGCCCCCGGCCACCGCUGAUGACGGUCAUGAGUUCGCCAUGCCUCUGUGGAAACAGACCAAAAUCGUGACGCUGCGUAUGUCUACCGCUCUAUUCCGCAACGUGGACUAUGUCAACAACAAGAUCGCCCUACACAUCGGUUCUGCUCUGUUCAACGGUUUCUCUUUCUGGAUGAUUGGCGACUCGGUCGGAUCGAUGCAGCUGCGCCUCUUCACCAUUUUCAACUUCAUCUUCGUGGCCCCCGGUGUCAUCAACCAGCUGCAACCGCUCUUCCUGGAACGUCGUGAUAUCUACGAGACGCGCGAGAAGAAGUCGAAGAUGUACUCGUGGGUCGCGUUCGUGACCGCCCUGGUCGUGUCAGAAAUCCCUUACCUCUGCCUCUGCGCCGUGUUCUACUUCGUCUGCUGGUACUACACCGUCGGCUUCCCGUCCGACUCGGACAAGGCCGGUGCUGUCUUCUUCGUCAUGUUGAUGUACGAGUUCGUGUACACCGGAAUCGGUCAGUUUAUCGCGGCCUACGCCCCGAACGCCGUUUUCGCCUCCCUGAUCAACCCCGUCUUCAUCGGUACGCUGGCCUCCUUCUGUGGUGUGUUGGUGCCGUACCAGCAAAUCCAGGAAUUCUGGCGUUACUGGAUUUACUGGAUGAACCCGUUCAACUACCUGAUGGGCAGCAUGUUGACUUUCACCAUCUUCGACGUCGAGGUCAAGUGCAAGGACUCGGAAUACGCGCUGUUCGACCCGCCCAACGGCACGACCUGCGGCGACUACCUGUCUACCUUCAUGCAGGGCAUCGGGUCGCGCAUGAACCUGCUCGACCCCGAGGCCACCGAGGGCUGCCGCGUGUGCCAGUACUCGAUGGGCAGCGAUUAUCUGACCACGGUCAACCUGAAUGAUUACUACUACGGAUGGCGCGACGCUGCCAUUGUCGCUUUGUUCGCGCUCAGCUCGUACGCUCUGGUCUAUGUGCUGAUGAAGUUGCGGACCAAGGCCACGAAACAGGCUGAGUAA